AUGCUGUAUGGUGACACAAGUUCUUGGAAUCAUUUUGUCAAUACUGGCGAGAAAGGCCCACUCAACCAGAUUCAGGAUCUUCUUUUGCGGCAAGAAACUGGAGAGCGAGAUGUAUCUGCUAUCUUCCAGUACAUCAACUUUGGUCUCUGCAUAUUUGCUCGCAAGAUCAACCACUCCAACUUGACUUAUGAGCUCGUGACUUUGACCGAUCGCCUGAUGGAUCAUUCAAUCCAGAGGCUGUUGAACGACAAGCUCUACGACCGGAGGAAGCAGGGUGCUUUGGAGCUCGAGAAAAUUGUCCGCGAUUCCGUUUUCCAGGGCGAGCAGGAGAAGAUCAAAAAAAUCGUCGACCAGCUUUGCCAUGACUAUGCAUACGCCGUGCAUCAGCCCCACGCUCGGAAUGGAGGUUUGAUUGGAUUAGCUGCGGCUUCCAUUGCUCUCGGAUCUGAAGCUGUUGCACCAUACUUGAGUGAGAUUGUGCCGCCAGUGUUGGCAUGUUUCUCUGAUCAAGAUGCGAGGGUUCGAUACUACGCUUGUGAGAGCAUGUACAACAUUGCCAAGGUGGCCAAGGGCGAAAUACUGCUAUUCUUCAAUGAGAUCUUCGAUGCGUUGGCAAAGCUUGCAUCCGACUCGGAGCUUUCAGUGAAGAAUGGUGCGGAGCUUCUAGACCGACUGGUGAAAGACAUUGUUGCCGAGUCAGCGGCUUCAUAUGUUUCAAUUCUGUAUAUGAAUGAGAAGGACGCGCCGGAGUCAGAAAACCAGGAAGACCCUGAGCUUCCCAUGGCCUUCUCUCUCGCAAGGUUCAUUCCUUUGCUUCAAGAGCGCAUCCAUGUGAUCCAACCGUUCACUCGUAACUUUCUUGUCUCGUGGCUGACUCUCUUGGACACUAUCCCCGAUCUAGAGCUAGUGAGUUAUUUGCCAGACUUCCUUGAGGGUCUGAUCAAGUUCCUCGGCGGCCCGAACAACGAUGUGAACGUUGCGACACAAGCUUUGCUUGAUCGUUUCUUGCUGGAGAUUAAGAGGAUCACGCGACUGAAGAAAGGAAUCGAAGAAAGCCGCAAGAGCGAGAAAAGUAACAGACAUUCCGUUGCUAGCGACGUCAUGAGCAGUGCGACGGAGCAGAACAUGCAGACCGACGGCGCCAAUGACAUCGCUGUGGAAGACUCCGCGUCGGAAGCUUCCACCGACGAAUUCCUUCAAGCCGAUGGAGAUUGGAUCCCAGGUCAGGAUGUGCAGAUUGAUCAUCCAAAGAUCCUCGAUAUCCUAGUCGGCUUUGUCAACACAUUACAUGGUGAGGUCGAUGUUAUAUCGCUAUCGCGAUCAACUGCUUACAAUGAAACAGAGGAGGAAAUGCAACUGACAGCCCUUCGUUGGAUUGACGCAUUUUUCGAGAUCAGCCCUGAGGAUAUUCUUCCUUUUGUCCCGAGGCUUCUAACGCAGGUUCUCCCCGCCAUGUCCAGCGGCUCUGACUCUGUCAGGGCGGCUGCAAACCAAGUCAACACCUCUCUUAUGCAGUACAUCUACUCUCUUUCCAACGACACAACGGAAGAGCCUCAACCAAGCUCAUCAAGAAUACCUUUCGCUACGACCAGUAAAGAGACCAUCGAGCGACGAUCAUCUACCCCCGGAAUAAGGCCCUCGGAGACAUCGAGCAUUGAUGCAAGGAGGCACACGCGGGAAAAUUCACUGGCAGAGACCGCCCGCAGCAGCGGUGUUUCUACACCAUUGCCCACAACGGAUCUCGAUUACGCCGCCGCCGUCAACUCACUUACCCUACAGUUCCUCAACGAAAACGACAAAACCCGGGUUGCAGCUAUCGGAUGGCUCAUCAUGUUGCACCAGAAAGCCCCGCGGAAGGUCGUCGCCUUCAACGAUGGUACAUUCCCGGCUCUGCUGAAGACUCUAUCUGAUCCCUCAGACGCCGUUGUGACAAAGGACCUUCAACUUCUCUCGCAGAUUUCGAGGAACAGUGAAGAUAGCUAUUUUACCUCGUUCAUGGUGAACCUCCUGCAGUUGUUUUCCACUGACAGACAUCUACUGGAGGCACGUGGCAACCUGAUCAUCCGACAACUUUGUACCAAUUUGAGCCCCGAGCGGAUCUACCGGACGUUGGCAGAGUGCCUUGAGAAGGAAGAGGAUCUCGAGUUUGCCAGUAUCAUGGUCCAAAACUUGAACAACAAUCUCAUCACUGCGCCCGAGCUCUCAGAAUUGAGGAAGCGACUGAGGAAUCUUGACUCCAAAGAUGGUCAAUUGUUCUUUGUUUCACUCUUCCGAUCCUGGUGCCACAAUGGCGUCUCCACGUUUUCCCUCUGUCUCCUGGCUCAGGCGUAUGAGCAAGCAUACAACCUUCUUCAGAUCUUUGCCGAAUUGGAAAUGACUGUCAAUAUGUUGAUCCAAAUCGACAAGUUAGUGCAAUUAUUAGAAUCCCCGGUCUUCACAUAUCUCCGUCUCCAACUCCUCGAACCCGAAAAGUAUCCCUUCCUGUACAAAUGUCUCUACGGCGUCCUCAUGCUCCUCCCCCAGAGCUCCGCGUUCGCCGCCCUUAAGAACCGUCUCAACAGCGUCAGCAACAUUGGCUUCCUCCACAGCGGACCCCGCAAGUAUGGACCCUCUUUUUGCUCCUCAAUUGUUCCACAAUUGCCAAAUCCCUUUCGCAAGAAGAAUGAGACUAAAUUCCCCAGUACCAUCCCCACCGGACCCUCGGCCUUUGACCGUGCAAGCGGCACCCGCCUCAAGACCCGUGACGAAAACAACAUUCGCUGGGUGGAUCUCCUCGACAAAUUCAAAGCCGUUCAAGAGCGCACCCGUCGCUCCUCCUCCCAGCUACAUCGGAACCAAGACGCCCAGAACCCGACUCUGACCGCCGCGCUCUCCGCUGCCGCCGCCGAUGGCUCUCGGACACGACUCCCUGAUACUCCCCGUGGUGGGCCCUCUGUGGCCCCGGCAGGCCCUUCAGCCUCCGGUCCAGCCGGUGGACGUGCGUCGGAGCCUGGCACAAAGGGUAGUUCCUCUAUCCUUGGUUCCAGUCAUAAGCACAAAUCGAGUCUGCCAAAUCUCGGACGAUUGACCAUCGGAGGACGCAAGUCGAAGAAGUAA